CGUCGGCUCUUCGGCUCUUCGGCCUUUCGGCUCUUCGGCGCACUUCGGGGCUGGGCCCUCUCAGGCCUUCCUCAGAGUUGGAAAGCUUAGUAGUUCUUCUCUACCAUUUUACCUUUUUUCUUUUUCCAACCACUUCCGGGUCUCUGGGUCGCUCCGGAAGCUCGCGAGUUCCGGAAGCUGUUGGGUAACCCAGAUUCGCCUAGGAAAAGCCGGGCUUUGCAGAGAAAUGUUUGAGAGAAAGUUACGCGGAGCUGGGCGGUUCGCAGCCUGCUAAGGGAUCGUCAGAGACAACAUGGCUGGCCGAGAAGAAAGUAUGAUGAGUACAAGCAGAGUGCUCAGAAUAAGUCAGCUGGAUGCGCUGGAACUGAACAAGGCUCUGGAGCAGCUAGUGUGGUCACAAUUUACGCAGUGCUUUCAUGGAUUUAAGCCGGGGCUCUUGGCUCGCUUGGAACCAGAAAUGAAAGCAUUGUUGUGGCUUUUGCUGUGGAGAUUCACCAUUUACUCCAAAAAUGCCACCGUGGGGCAGACAGUUUUGAAUAUUCAGUACAAAAGCAAUUUUUCUGCAAACCUAAAGUACCAGCCACCAAGUAAAACUCAGAAGCUCUGGCAUGCUGUCGCUACCAUUGGCGGGAGGUGGUUAGAAGAGCGGUGCUAUGAUUUGUUUCGAAACCGUCACUUAGCAUCUUUUGGAAAAGUUAAGCAGUGCAUGAAUUUGGUUGUUGGGCUUUUAAAAUUAGGUGAGUUAGUGAACUUCUUGAUUUUCCUGCAAAAAGGAAAGUUCGCAACAUUGACAGAACGCCUCCUGGGCAUUCAGUCUGUAUUUUGCAAGCCACAAAACACACGUGAAGUUGGAUUUGAGUACAUGAAUAGGGAACUUCUCUGGCAUGGUUUUGCAGAGUUUCUGAUUUUUCUCUUACCACUCAUCAAUGUCCAGAAGUUGAAAGCUAAGCUGUCUUCAUGGUGCAUCCCUCUCACUGGUGUGCCUAAUAGUGACAGUGCACGGGCCACCAGUGGCAAAGAAUGUGCUCUGUGUGGAGAGUGGCCCAGCAUGCCUCACACCAUUGGCUGUGAACACAUCUUCUGUUAUUAUUGCGUGAAAAGCAGUUUCUUAUUUGACAUGUACUUUUCCUGUCCUAAAUGUGGCAUCGAAGUGCACAGUGUGCAGCCACUGAAAUCAGGAAUCGAAAUGUCAGAAGUUAAUGCGCUUUAGAAACAAAAUUGCUUCCUCUGAGGAAAAAUGUAUUAGGCCCAAGUCCUUAAAAUUAGUCAUCCUCAGCAUAGUAUGUAGGUGUCUUUAUAAGACACUUACACUCAGCCACGGUUCCUUUUCCUUUCUGCUCCUUUCCAAGCAUAACUAAAUUCUAAUCACUGAAAACUACAUGAUUCUAAGGAUAUUAUGAUAAUGUUCAUGUUAUUUUUUUGUAAAUCGGCUGUGUCAAUUUUUAACAUCAGGAAUAAUGGAAAGAUGUCAUCAGAUGACUACUAAGAUUGUGCCUUCAUUUUGCUGCUUCAUAGGAAGAGGGUGGGCUCUAAAAAUAAAAGGUUUUGAAGACCCUGAGAUGAGUGUAUAUUUUCAGAGCUCACAUAAUAUCAUAAUCUAGCCCCGAUAAGGCCCUAUUGUUUUAUACUUCUACUUCUAUAGCCUUAGUUAUGAUUUUAAGCUUUUCCCCAAAGCAUUUUCAAGAGGUUCAGCCCAUAGCUGUCAUACUCUUGAGAACUGACCUCUUCCAUUAAGGAAGUAGAAAUUGCUUAAGGCAGCUCCUCACCCUCCUCCAUAAAUAACCCCAAUAAAUGAAUUAGUUCACUAAAACUAGUUUUGGUACCAGUGUGCUUUGGUCUACCCUCUGAGCCUUGGCUGGGUUGAAUAGUGUAUGUUCUCAUCUCCCCAGGAAAAAAAGUCUCCUAUGACAUAUAAUCCCUCCUUGCUCUGUAUUUCUCACUCAAAUGCUUUUAAAUGAACUUGUUGCUAAGUAACAAUAAUAUAUUUUAAAAAAAUCUUGACUGUUCAAGUUACCUUACCAAAAUAAUGGCACUUUUUUUAUUAUUUUUAUUUAUUUGAGAGUGACAAAGAGGCAGAGAGAGAUAGAGAAUGGGUAUGCCAGGGUCUUUAGCCACUGCAAAUAAGCUCCAGACAUGUGUGCCCCCUUGUGCAACUGGCUUACAUGGGUCCUGGGGAAUGGAACCUCAAACCUUAAGCUUCAUAGACAAGCACUUAACUAAUAAGCCAUCUCUCCAGUCCAUGGCACUUAUUUUUAAACCGGCUCAAUGUGUUGUGCUUUGCCACUGGUGGCCCGUGCACCGUCACUAUUAGGCACACCAGUGAGAGGGAUGCACCAUGAAGACUUAGCUUUCAACUUCUGGACAUUGAUGAGUGGUAAGAGAAAAAUCAGAAACUCUGCAAAACCAUGCCAGAGAAGUUCCCUAUUCAUGUACUCAAAAUACAAACUAAAAUAUACAUUGGGGAAGAGAAAAAAAAAAAACAGACAUUGGAAGUAAUUCAGCAGUGGAUACAGAAAACUUGUUACCUUCAUAAAUGUGAUUGAAUAUAUCCUGAAUUUAAUUUAGGUUCAAUUUAGCAUGAAAACAACUAAGGAGUUUGUAAUUUUAGGAGAGUAGUUACAUCUUUAAACUUUUGUCUUUUUUCACUGUAAUUUUAAAAUUUUAUUGUGAAAAACUGAAAAUUCUGGAAAAAAUACAGAAUUUCACAUUUUUUGCAGUUUUUCAUGGUAUUAAGGUAUGGUGUAUUCAAUUAUUUUAUUGAAUGUGUAUUUUUUGCCUGUGUGGGGGGGCUAUACAUGUAGGUGCCUAUGCAUUUAUGUGCACAUGUAUGUAGAGACUAGAGGUAGACAUCUGGUGGCCUCCUCAGUUCUCUCCACCUUCCUUUUAAGAAUCUGCAGCUGAACCAAGAGUUCACCACUUUAGGUAGACUAGCUAACCAGCCAGCCCUGGGAUCUGUCUGCCCAUUGUUGGGAUUAUGGAUUCUUAUAUGAGUACCAGGGAUCUGAACUCAGGUCUUCAUGAUCAUAAGGCAAGCAGUUUAUCCACUAAGCCAUCUUUUGUGGGGUACCUAUAUACCGUGUGUGUGUGUGUGUGUGUGUGUGUGUGUGUGUGUGUGUGUGUGUUCUGAAGGACAUGAUCUUGUCCUCAAACCCCACCUUGCCAUUCUGUUCUAUAUAAAUGAAAGCAAUAUUCCAAACCACUGUGUAUUUGGGCACUAUACAAAUUGUAUGUUUAAGGCAUUGUUUCAUCUUUUUACUACUGUGAUAAAAUACUUUAGAAAACAA